AUGGAUUACGUUUUUAAAUAUUGUACGCUUCACGAAACCAUUAGAGUUCUAGAAGACGAGGAAGCGGAACCAGCGUUGAUUUAUAUUGAACCACCUGAUCCUGCUGCAUUAACAGAUGAGGAUUCAGUGGACAAAGACGAGGGCCCCCCUCGAUUAGCUAAUAAUUUAUCUGGACGCCAAUUGAAUACAAGAUGUGAGGUAAGAUUGGCACCACGAAGAAGUCCUAGUCCUCUUGUGGAUUUUAGUAAAGAUAAGGAGAGUCCUGUAGCCUCCACUAGUAGAUCUUUAACUACACGUGGUCGUGGUGGUCGACGUCACUCACGUGGCAGAGGGCGCAGUCGCAUGCUACGAGAGAAAAGUGCCCGCUAUCAAGGUAAAACCACAAACACCCGUGACAGCUCUUCAAGUUCGGUGAGUGACGCAUUAUCUGAUGAUAACAGCGUGCCAGUUACUAGAACAUCAAAAAGACCGAAAAUCUGGGUACAGGAAGAUCUGAAUUGA